CUCAGUGUAGAGAUAAGUCAUUCUUUAGAAAAUUGCCGCAGCGAGCAGAGCUCUUGAAAAGUAUAAAACUAAAAAAAUAAAAAAUUAAAUUCCUCUCUUUGAGUCGUUGUGUUUUCGUGCCAAGAAAAUAUUGUUUUCCGCAUUGUGUGCACUCGCGUACACCUCUCAAAAAUACAAACAAAAAAAAAAAAAACGGUAGUGUGAUUUCAAUACUUUUACUCAGAAACAAAAAUCAAGAAACGUAGAAGUGAAUCGCGAAAAUGGUGACCGAAUCGAAAACAGUUACCAAGACAACCACCAAAGAGGUGCAGUGCCAGCACACGGGAUGUGACGAACCCAAACAGGAUCCGCACACCCCGAAAAGUGGCCGUGUGGGCAUUUUCAAUGCGGAAGACUUCCUAACGCGUGCGCAAAUGAAUGACAAGAUUAACAACAUUUUGCGUUCGCCGACAAAGGCUCCGAAUGGCGUGCGCCAACGUUCGGUCUUCACCAACAACAAUCCAUCGCCGCAAGCGACUGUGCGCUGCUUGCCUACACUAGGUCCGCGCAUGAGCAACCUGUCAAUUGGCAGCUUGGAGCGUGGUAGCACCAGCAGCCUGACUAAUAGCGCUAGUGUUGGCACCAAUACCAAUGUAUUGGCCAAGGAGUGCUCGAGCCAGACUAACACCACCGGGCGCGCUUUUAUGCCCAUCGGCAUGCACUUGCCGUCCUCGCAUUCGCAGUAUGGCGGACUGAAUGCUGGGGGCGCUAGCUAUGAGCCAGUUGGUCUGGCCCCGUGCAGCAGCAACAUCUCGCGUGGCAGCAAUGGACUAGGUGGCCGCUAUCCGAUGACUCCGGUGACUCCGUUUGCUUUCGAAAAUGACAGCGCCUAUUGCAUGUCCCAGACUCACCACACUCAACAAUUUCCAUCACCUAUGCCGCCACCACCCUAUGCUUUGGGGCGCGUAAGCUCGCGUACAUUCGAGUUCGAGAACAAUACACCACCGCCUUGCCCAGGAUCAGGCCCCAUUGCCAUGUCCAAUGGUACCAUCCAACUGCGUUUGCGUGAGGGCGUACGUAUUGACAUGACCUUGGACAAGGCCGUACGCGUUCUAAAUCAGCGCAGCAUGGUGGCUGUGGCAUUAUCGCGCAACUGCAGCAACUCUGCCCUGAUCCACCCAAAUGGCCGCAUUCUGCAGAGCGGCUCCAAGGUGGAGAUUGUAACAUACGAUGGCAUGAAGACAAAUAAUUUCGUGCGGUAUGCCAAAAUGUGGUAUAAGGGAGUGAGUUUUACAAGUGAGUCGUGCGCUCUUAUUUAUCUGGUGGAUACCGCUGGCACACGCACCACAACUGACAAUUUCACUGAUCUGACAAAGGACUAUACUUUGGCAGUAUUCUAUGACGACUCGCGCCACGGCCCUUCCUUUGUGCCGGAUGCACAUGAGGUAAUUGCCAAUUCCUCGUAUACUUGCGCUGAGGAUGGAACUGAGGUGUAUGACAUCAAUGGUUUUCGUAUAACUCAAGCCGCCGAUGGGCUGGUAAAGCUAACUCGCCAGCACAACAAGUGCCUUAUUCGCACUAGUCCUGGCAAUGGAUCCGCCACUCUAACUACGCCCGGAAUCCACUGCACUGCCUCGCUGGGCAAGACUUCCCAUCUAUUUGUGCGCCGUAAUGAGAAGCGCAUGCAUUUCGAUGGCUCUUGCUUCAUUGUACGUAAUGCUGGCCACUCGGCUGGUUUUAAUGAGAAUAAUCUCCUGAUUGUCUACUAAAUCAAGCAAUACCCUCACACACAAACAAACACAUUCACACACAAUUUCAUUACAAACACAUACACACUAACACCAAUCUCAGUGUAGUGUACGAGGAGUCGUUGCGUCGAGUUAUGCAGCGUGGAGAGGGAUAGGAACAUUAAAUUAAAAAUUAAAACAAAAAAAAAUUAUAUAAAAUAAUAAUUACAUAUAAGGCUCAUAAAAAAGGCGCGAGCAACGACGGCAUCUAAUAACCUCAGUCGAUUUUUCACACAAAAACCCAUUAAGGAUAGUUCCGUGAAACAAUUGUAAGCUGCUCGUUACUUGGCGUAUGCGCAAUGCAACUAUUGAAGAAUAAGUCUUUUACUAUCUUUUUUUUCCAAACGCUACAGUUAAUCGUAGUAGUAGUAAGUUAGGGUGUCAGUCCACAUCGCUGCCUACUACUUGAAACGCUGGCCUAUACAGCCAACUGCCCUGAACGAACAGUGCCAGCGUUUGGUUUUUCCUAUAUAUUUCGGCUUAGCAAAAGUGUUCAUCUUAUUUUGGCAUAAAAUAAAUUAUUUCAAAAUUCGUCAAUAUGGCACAAAAAUGUUUUUAUAAAAAAAAUCAUACCUAUAUGAAAAAACAAAAAAAAAAAAAAAAAUGAAUAUAAGUUGAUUCAAAAUUAAGCACAAAGGUGUUACGAGAUCACGUUUUUUGCGGCAGGAAAAGUGUGUUCAACAGCUAGUAGGCAGCGUCUUAGUGAGUGGCCGCGGUUUAUUUAUCGAGGAAAGGAUAUAAGUCAUGUGUAUAUUAUUCCUCUGACACAUCACACACAGCUGUACCGCAGGGCCGAUUACAGUUAUAGUUCUAAGUUACAGUUGAGGUUAGUUUUUCACGUAUUUGCAAUCCAAGCAUGUUCAUCCACCUAAAACACGAACGUGAAAGUGAAAUAUGUCGAAAGUUUACAAACCCAAAAUUUGUAGUUAAUUAAGUUUUCACACACAAUUGCAACCUUUAUAUAGAUAUAUACGAGUACAUGUAUAUUAUUUAUAUAAAUAGAAAAUCACCUCAGCCAUGGUGGGACUUUAAAAGUGAGAAAUGCACAAAACAACAUCAUUCAAAUACAAAAGUUUAAGAUACUAACACACACCUACAGAACACACCAUCUCCACACAGAGCACACAAACGACACAACACAGCAUAAUUAACAUAAAACUCGUUAUGGCACAACACAUUAUGAACACUUGAAAAAAUGCAAACCGAGCGACGAGUGAAGCAUAUUUCAAUAAAAAACAGCCUUAUUUCAAUCUCCAACAUCAAAAUUCUCAAACAUGUAAAACGAAAUUUAUGUAUUAUCGGCUGUGAAACUGCAAAUAAAUGGAUGAUAUUUAACAAAAUG